UUUCUAAAAUUAAAUUAAAAAAAAAAAAAAAAAAAAAAAGGUCUUGAGUUGCAAUAUGUAUGUAUAUAUUCCUCCCCCAUCAGCCCCUCACUUCCCAUUGAUUCCUUUUUUUUUUCUCUCUCCAAACAAAAUGGAUGCGAGUUCUAUAGACGAAAGCAGCGGCAGCGACUCCACCUCCAUUUCUCCCAUCACUCCAUUACUCUUCCACUCAUCCCCCGCGCCUGGGAUGCCCCAUGAGGCCGAAUCUCGGAAGCUUCCAUCUUCCCGUUUCAAAGGAGUGGUCCCUCAGCCCAAUGGCCGAUGGGGGGCCCAGAUUUACGAGAAGCAUCAGAGAGUCUGGCUCGGGACAUUCAACCAAGAACACCACGCUGCCAACGCCUACGACAUCGCUGCCCUCCGCUUCCGUGGCCGCGACGCCGUCACCAACUUCAAAUCCCUGGACGACGACGAUGAUAAUGAUGCCAUGGAGGGCGAGUUUCUGAACUCCCACUCCAAGCUCGAGAUCGUGGACAUGCUCCGGAAACACACCUACAAUGAGGAGCUCCAGCAGAGCAAGCGGCAGCGUGGGGCCAUAGCGGCGGCUAAUACGCCUGUCCACCAUUCGGGGGUUGAUUCGAAGAGGGAAGUGUUGUUUGAGAAAACGGUGACGCCGAGUGACGUGGGGAAGUUGAACCGGUUGGUGAUACCGAAGCAGCACGCGGAGAAGAAUUUCCCGACGGGGGAGGGGUUGGGUUCCGGGAAAGGAAUGCUUUUGAACUUGGAGGAUAUGGGAGGGAAAGUUUGGCGGUUCCGGUACUCGUAUUGGAAUAGUAGCCAGAGCUAUGUGUUGACUAAAGGGUGGAGCCGGUUCGUGAAAGAGAAGAGUCUCCGAGCCGGGGAUGUGGUUCGGUUCCUCCGCUCCACCGGCGCGGAUAAGCAGCUUUACAUCGAUGGAAAGGCGAUAAGUGAAGGGGGGGUGAAGGCGGUUCAUGUGGUCAAGCUUUUUGGAGUCAAUAUUCUGGAAGUGCCGCUGCCGGUGGGUCGUUGCGGCGGGGAGCCAAAGAACCAAGGGGUAUUAUUGGAAUUGCAACCUUCCAAGAAGCAGAGAAUAAUCAAAGCCUUGUAACAUUUUAAUUUUAAUUUUAAUUUUAAUUUUUGGUGUGCCAAGUUGGGCAAUGUGACGUAUUAACCCCAAAAAACGGAUAAAAGAAAAAAGAAGAGAGAAGAUGAAACCCAUCCUUUUUUGACCUUUUUA